AACAAUCGACUAGCGGUUCCAUCUUGUCUAGCAUGGGUAUUACCAAUAUGAAAUCCUAUCACAAAAAUAUGUAAAAAGCAGUUGUUUUGUUAUUGUAAGCAGUUGGCUUAAUGGUAAUUUAACUCUCAAAAUUUUUUAUUAGUCCCUAUGAACUCUGUCAUCGGCGUUACAGAUGGUUUGUUGAGCAGCUUCGUGGCGUGCGAUCUGAAAAAUAAACGAAUCAAUUUAACUUGUAACAGCACAAAGUGAAAUGAAAUGCGAAUUUUUAAUUUUUUAAAUUACAUUUGAAGUAAUGUGUCCCUUCAAGAACUGCAUGGACACACUUCGAUAAGGAUCAAGGAUGUUGAAAUUGAACGCUUGCAAGUCAAACUUGAGGUAUCGUAAAUGAAGUUUAUGGCUCGAAAAUCUGUAUCAUAUUCCGAUUCUCUCAAACUUAAACUGAGCUCUAAAAAUAAUAAAUACAUUUGUAAAAUUAUUUUAAAUUUACAUAUUACAUACACUUUUUUUUUUAAAUCCAAGACAUUUUUUUUGUUGUUGCUAAAACCUUACUAAAGGUAAGAAGAAGUAAGCUGGACGUCGGUAGGAUGGACAGACACGAGCUUGCUGUCUCCCGCUCUGACAUGACCAACUACUUUUUAAACCAGAUCUAAGGCGCUAAAGAAUUUAAUGAACUUGAGGCCCAACCGUGGACGCUGAAAGGCCAGGACGAUGCGCCCAUCCCUCGUAUUGGUUGCUGCCCUAGGUAAGUUUAGGUAGUAGUUUUCCGAUCUAGCUCCAUGGUCUAGGAUAGUUUCUUCAAUGUUUCACAAAAGCAUCACAUUUCUUAUGCAACAGCACAGUUGUUUAUUGGUUCUCAACCCUUUUGAUCCGCAGAGACAUAUUUUAAAAAUCAAUUUCUAUGAUGGAUCCCCCUUAUGCUACUCCAUGUCUUACGCGUUAAAAGUGUUAAAAGUGUUAAAAGUGUUAAAAAAAGUGUUAUGGUUACCCUGAGACGUGUGCUAAGUGCGCUUUCAACAGAUUGUAUUUUACACACCUACUUUAAACUAAUAAUUCAACAGACUUGAUUUCGACACCUAUUUAAUAAUACCAUUUCAGCAGCUUUCAUUUCGACACCUAUUUAAUAAUACCAUUUCAGCAGCUUUCAUUUCGACACCUAUUUAAUAAUACCAUUUCAGAGCAGCUUUCAUUUCGACACCUAUUUAAUAAUACCAUUUCAGAGCAGCUUUCAUUUCGACACCUAUUUAAUAAUACCAUUUCAGAACAGCUUUCAUUUCGACACCUAUUUAAUAAUACCAUUUCAGAGCAGCUUUCAUUUCGACACCUAUUUAAUAAUACCAUUUCAGAGCAGCUUUCAUUUCGACACCUAUUUAAUAAUACCAUUUCAACAGCUUUCAUUUCGACACGUACUUAAAACUAACUCUUCAACAGAUUUCAUUUUGGCCCCUUUAAAAAAAAAAAAAACUAACAAUUACACAGACUUAAUUCUGACACCCAUUUAAAACUAACAAUUCAAAAGACUUUAUUUUGAGACUUAUUUAACUUGGACGGAAAGCUAAAAUCCUAAAACUAAACAGAGUUAGUUGGCCACCACACCCUCCCCUAUUGUUACAGUGAGAAAAUCCUGCCGGGGAUCACUCAGUCUGAUUCUUCCUUUCACAUCAACAGUGUCGAGCCUGGUGGAGACCUCCCUGCAGAUCAACAUGGACUUCCAAACCGUUGAGGACUCCUGCACACUGUCCAUGACGUCAGGGAGCGCGUACGCAAACGUCAAUGUUGGUCUGCUGCGGUACAAGCAGCAAUGCAGGUCUGUCAUUCAACUGAACGUCGCGUGAAUCUCAAUAGAGUCACCGUUAGAAUCAUUUAAAAAAAACAACAACAACGUAUUCAUUCGAUUUAAAGACAGGACUGCCAAACAGACAUAAGAGCUGCAGGCCACAUUUUUACAGGACUGCCAAACAGACAUAAGAGCUGCAGGCCACAUUUUUACAGGACUGCCAAACAGACAUAAGAGCUGCAGGCCACAUUUUUACAGGACUGCCAAACAGACAUACGAGCUGCAGGCCACAUUUUUACAGGACUGCGAAACAGACAUACGAGCUGCAGGCCACAUUUUUACAGGACUGCCAAACAGACAUACGAGCUGCAGGCCACAUUUUUACAGGACUGCCAAACAGACAUACGAGCUGCAGGCCACAUUUUUACAGGACUGCGAAACAGACAUACGAGCUGCAGGCCACAUUUUUAACGGUUUAAAAUAAAUUAAACAAAACUCGCCACGGACAGGAUUCAUAACAGUUAUUGAAAGUAUUGUAAUGAUCUAAAUAUGUCAAUUCGCUUUCCGGGAAAAAAGAGCGUUAUUUUUUACGUAUAUGUUUGUAUCCACCAUGUAAUAAUUGCAUAGCGACUUCUUAGCUGUGAAAUUCUACAUGAUUCUAUGAAGUAAAAUAAGAAAAGUUGUCUGAGCAUUGUCAUUUCUUCGGACUAGGAAUUUUUUUUCCUUUUUACGUUUUGUUUGUGUGUGUGUGUGUGUGUUUGCUGAUAGUUUGCAAAAUGGAAUUAAAUUUUUUAUAAAGUUUAAAAUUUCUCUCAGGGAUGGCCAGGGCCGAAGGUUGAGAGUAGAUGAUGAAGGGGAAAAGUUGUGGACAGAAGAGAGCUUGGCGGGAUCCUAUGGAGGAUGAGGAUACACGUUGGGUAGUAUCGAAGGAGUGGAGAAAUUACGGUUCUAUCUUGGUGGGUGAGGGGUGAUAUUAGACUUAGGAGAGAGAGGGGGGGAUCGUGAUGUCAGGGCACCGGAGUUAAAGCGGUGUGACAUGGGUUUGAGUACGCGUGAUGUUAAGGAAGCGCAGAAAAAAAAGUGUGUGGGGGGGUAGUGAUGUAAGGGAUGAAGAUGAAGUGAAGAAGAGAGUCGUCCUUGACCUGCGGUGACGAGUACCCCGGUAAUGUUGAAAUUUUGUGGAUAUAAGUCUACACACCAACUCACUCAAGUGAGGUGCACGUAUUCUGAUGACGUCAUUUCCACCCAGAAACAUGGACGAGUACAUCACGUGCGUCAUCACGACCAGGCAGUUCAACGAUCUCAUCAACAUCGACAUCCCGGCGUAUGACAAGCAUUUCCCCGCAGAGGAAGACCUCCGCUACGCCGGGUACAUCUUCUGCCAGUCUUACCUCCCGACCCGUAAGUGAAGAACGACGACUGACAAAAACAAAUGACUGAAUGCUAUUCAAAUUAUGUUUAUAAAUACAGUUAUUUUAAAAUCACACAAGCCUUCUUUCAUUAAUUUUUAUUUCUCCAUCAUCUUCAAUCCUCCGUAAAUUCUAAUUUUUCCAUAUUGAACAACUGCACCGUUAAUUUUUUAAACAUAUUUUAUUUUACAUCUUAGAUUUCUUAAUUUUUAAAUAAUGAAUUCUAGCCACCUCCUCUUUUUCCAAUUAGUUUACUUUUUUUUUGGGCCGGCUCCUUAUAAAGAGUUAUCAGUUUUUCCGCCAUUUUCAACGUUUGUUGUUUUUCCACAUAUGUCAAGUUCUAAAGUUGUUCCCCCCUGAAGCUGACAUGGGCGCGUGUAAACCAAAC